AUGGGCCCCAGGAAAUUGCGAUUGCGCAAGACUCUGGAAGUCCCAGAGUCGUCUGACUCGGAGCCAGAGUCAGAGACUCAAGUACGACAGCCAUUUCCCUUCCUCAGAUUACCCUCCGAGAUUCGCCUGCGCAUCUACCAUUUCGUCCUCUUCACGCCCACCCGGAAGAAUCGUGCGCUGCAAAAUGCGGGCACCGUCGGCUCCUCCGCGAAGAAGAGCAAGGCUAUCGCCCCAACAUCGCAUCGCAUAGCGCUGUUCCUUGUCUCGCGCUCCUUCUAUGACGAGGCCAGUCAUAUGUUCUAUUCCUCUCAGAUCUUCCGCCUUUUUCCCGUGCAGGACUUCUCACGCCGGCCAACCGUUCGGGCCAUCCCCCGCCACCACCGUCCGUCCAUCACCACUAUAGAAUUGAUCCUAGGCAACAGCUGGACGGCACCACCGCGAUCGUGGACGGUCAACCAAGGGCUGGGCUUGCAUGAGAUGACUCUGACGCGCACGCUAAAGGUUUUCAUAGAGUGUGACCCAUCGCAGCCAGUCUUCGAGGGAUUCCGCAUCUCUAAGGAGUACUAUACCGAAUUUGCCGGGAAGCUUAUGCAGCAGAUCCUGAAACAGCUGCCUGGCCUGGUCCAGGUGGAGUUUGAUGGGUAUCCCUCAGUGCGCAAGGGUGGCGAUUUGAUGGUGCGGCUGCUGCACGAGACUGAGAUGGCCGGGAAAAAGGUUCUCUGGGGACCACAAAGAGGCUGGACGGACUAUGAGGAUGAUUAUGUCCCCGAAGAGGAAGAUCCAGCGGAUGCCGCAAUCGAUGGUCUAUGUGCCAAUAAUGCCGACUCCGUUGAUGCGUUGACCAAUACACUUCAAGCCAUCAGACUGGAAACCUGA